AUGUGUGGCUCAUACGCAUUUAACAUAUUGUUUAGUGUCAUAUUCAUGGUUAUUCUCUUUGGUUCUCUAUGUGAGGCGAGACUGCGUUUAGAUGUUGAUAUCAUCAAUGAUAUUGAUCCAAAUGUUCAAUUGGGACUACACUGCAAAUCGAAGGACAAAGAUCUAGGAUCACAAUCAUUAGCCCCUCAUCAACACUGGGGAUUUAGAGAAGCUAUUAAUGUCUGGGAAACAACUUUGUUCUUUUGUCACUUUAAAUGGGGAAGUCAAGAUAAAUGGUUUGAUAUUCUUGUAACUAGGAGAGAUCAAUAUGUAUGUAAACAUCAUCCGUGUGUUUGGAGUAUAAGACUUGAUGGUCCAUGUAGAUUAACAGGUCAAGAAAAAUGUUAUCCUUGGAAUGCUAAUAUUUGA